CUUUUAUCGACAUGAAUUUAUCGACAAAUAGGUAGAGUAACGGAGUAAAUGACAAUCUGACAAUUAGAGAAUUAUAAGAUUUUGCGAGUUUGUGCAAACGUGAAGUAAUCUACGAAACAAUGGCAGAAGACAAAAGUGACAGUCCAAGUGAUAAACCGGAACAAACGGAGGCUGCCGAGGAAAAGAAAAUGAAGGGUGAUGAUAAGAUCAAGCCAAAAUCUAAACAGGAUGAAGCAGCAGAGAAAACCAGCGCACAGAGUAACAAUAAUGAAAGCGGCAAUUGCUAUUGCGGCAAGGAGAGAAAUCUCAACAUUGUGGAACUACUUUGCGCUAGCUGUUCUCGCUGGUUUCACGAAUCUUGCAUCGGAUAUCAACUGGGCAAACUUGUGCCGUUCAUGAUGAACUAUGUCUUUGUGUGUAAAAACUGCUCGCCAACUGGAUUAGAAAGCUUUAAGAAGAACCAGGCGCCAUUUCCUCAGAUGUGUGUGACAGCAAUCGCAAACCUACUGCAGAUGUGCCAAAAGGACAACGAGCAGAAGACUUUUUUUCACAAGGAUAAAGACAUCAUACCAUUCAUCGAUUGUCAUUGGGAGAGUAUGACCACGAUGCCUCGGAGAGCUACUCAGUCCUGGCAUGCUACGAUCCACAGAGCGUUACUUAAAGAUAUUGGGACGCUGUUUACGAUGGAUGAGAGUACGUCUGAGGGUCAACUGUUUGGACUGGCAAGCUCUGAACUCACAUCAAUUAAACCGAAUUACGAAGCAAUGAUCAAAAAUGGUCACCUCCGUGCAACAGAGAUGGGCAUACAGCACGUCGUGCCACUUAGUGGAGGAUUGCGAGGUCGUAACGCCAAGCGAAAGCUCCCAGGUGAAUCUGCGGGCACGGGUUCUGGAAAAAAGGGUAGAGGAUCCGACAUGACUACUCCCAAGCUACCGGCUCAUGGUUAUCCACUUGAGCAUCCUUUCAACAAGGACGGUUACAGAUACAUCUUGGCAGAGCCAGAUCCUCACGCACCUUUCCGACAGGAAUUCGAUGAAAGCAGCGAUUGGGCUGGUAAACCUAUACCCGGAUGGCUCUAUCGCGCUCUUAGUCCGAGUACGGUUUUGCUUGCAUUACAUGAUCGUGCGCCGCAACUUAAAGUGGCCGAGGACAGACUGGCGGUUACUGGAGAAAAAGGAUAUUGUAUGAUAAGAGCUACACAUAGUGUAAGCAGAGGUAAUUGGUACUGGGAGGCUACGAUCGAAGAGAUGCCGGAGGGAUCUGCAACAAGACUCGGAUGGGGACAGGAAUAUGCAAACUUACAAGCUCCGCUUGGCUACGACAAGUUUGGUUACUCAUGGAGAUCCAGAAAAGGAACACGGUUUCACGAAAGCCGCGGCAAACAUUAUAAUGAUGGUUAUGGUGAGGGUGACACCUUGGGUUUCCUCAUAGUUCUUCCGGACACACAUGACGCAUCACAUAUUCCGAAUACUUAUAAAGACAGGCCUUUAGUAAAGUUCAAGAGCCACUUGUAUUACGAAGAAAAGGAUCAAGUACAGGAAGCUCUAAAAGCUCUACGGCCUUUAGAAGGCAGCAAAAUUAUAUAUUACAAAAACGGAGUCAACCAAGGCAAUGCUUUCAUGGAUAUCAAUAAAGGUGCUUAUUAUCCAGGGAUUUCACUCUACAAGAGUGCGAUGGUGUCUGUGAAUUUUGGGCCAAAUUUUAAAUAUCCUCCAAUGGAUGUUACAUUUAGAGGCAUGUACGAGAAGGCAGAAGAGGCAAUAGCCGAGCAGUCAAUGGCAGACAUACUUUAUCUUACUGAGAACGAGGGCAAAUUAAGGUUGGACACAUUCGUAUUGUGACAUUAGUGCAUCUUUUUAUUUUUGUCAUUUUCGUUUUACAUUAUGAAGUUACAAUUGCAAGAAUUGGCACAACAAUAUAUACAUAUAUAUACGUGGCCUAUUUAAAGCAAAAAAGAAAAUAAA